ACUUAUCUGAGUCUCUGUGUCGUCUGUCUGUGUGAGAGUGAACAACAGUCCAAAUGGCUCAGCAGGCAGUUCUGCUGGACCAGGACCAGUUCUGUUGUUCUGUCUGCCUGGAUCUACUGAAGGAACCAAUCACCAUCCCCUGUGGACACAGUUACUGUAGAAGCUGUAUUGAGGGCUGCUGGGAUCAGGAUGUUCUGAAAGGCUAUAGCUGUCCUCAGUGCAGACAGACCUUCACUCCAAGGCCCACUCUGAGGAAAAAUAACAUGUUGGCUGAGGUGGUGGAGAAACUGAAGAAGACAGGACUCCAGGCUGCUCCCCCUCCUGCUCUGUGUUAUGCUGAACCUGUAGAUGUGGCGUGUGAUUUCUGCACUGGGACCAGAAAGCAGAAAGCCCUCAUGUCCUGUCUGGCGUGUCUGGCCUCUUACUGUGAGACUCACCUCCAAUCUCACUAUGAAUCUCCUGCUUUCAAGAAGCACAAGCUGGUCAAAGCCACCGCACAACUACAGGAGAAGAUCUGCUCUCAUCAUGACAAACUGCUGGAGGUUUUCUGUCGUACUGAUCAGCGGUGUAUCUGUUAUCUGUGUACAAUGGAUGAACAUAAAGGCCAUGAUACAGUGUCAGCUGCAGCAGAGAGGACGGAGAAACAGAGGCAGCUGGGGAUGAGUCAGCAGAAGGUCCAGCAGAGAUUCCAGGAGAGAGAGAAGGAGCUGAAGGAGCUCCAACAGGCUGUGGAGUCUUUCAAGCACUCUGCACAGGCAGCAGUGGAGGACAGUGAUAAUAUAUUUACUGAGCUGAUCUGCUCCAUUGAGAGAAGGAGCUCUGAGGUGAAGGAGCUGAUCAGAGCCCAAGAGAAGGCUCAAGUGAAUCAAGCUGAAGGACUCCUGGAACAACUAAAGCAGGAGAUAGCUGAGCUGAGGAAGAGAAGCACUGAGCUGGAGCAGCUCUCACACACAGAGGAUCACAUCCAUUUCCUCCAGCAUUAUCAGGCUAUCUCCAGUAUCAGUGUAUCUUCAGACUUACCCAGCAUCGUUGUCCGUCCUCUUCAGUACUUUGGAGAUGUGAGUAAGACUGUGUCUGAACUGAGAGAGAAACUAGAAGACUUCCUUAAAGGAGAAUGGACCAAGAUCUCCAAUACAGAUUCCUGUCAGCUCACACUGGACCCAGACACAGCACACACACGCCUCUCUCUGUCUGAAGGGAACAGAAAGGUGACCUAUACAGGCCAAGUCCAACCAUAUCCUGAACAUCCAGACAGAUUCACAAAUGACUUGAUGGUGCUGUGUGGAGAGGGUCUGUCUGGACGCUGUUACUGGGAGGUGGAGUGGAGUGGACGGUGGGUUAUUAUAGCAGUCUCAUAUAAAGACAUCAGCAGAACAGGGAGAGGUAACGCAUUUGGAUUGAAUGACAAUUCCUGGAGUUUACAAUGCUCUAGUGGUGGUUAUUGUUUCAGACACAAUCAUGUUGUGACUAAAGUAUCAGGCCCUCGGUCCUCCAGAGUAGGAGUGUACCUGGAUCACAAGGCAGGUACUCUGUCCUUCUACAGUGUCUCUGACACAAUGACGCUCCUCCACAGAGUCCAGACCACAUUCACUCAGCCACUCUAUCCUGGGGUUUGGCUCAAUGGUGAUAAUGGUACUGCUGAGCUGGUUAAACUGUACUAGGGUCCACAUAGAUAGUAGUCAUGCUGGUGUAGUCUACAGCUGAGCUGGUUAAACUGUAGUAGGGUCCACAUAGAUACUAGUCAUGCUGGUGUAGUCUAUAGCUGAGCUGGUUAAACUAUAGUAGGGUCCACAUAGAUACUAGUCAUGCUGGUGUAGUCUAUAGCUGAGCUGGUUAAGUUGUAGUAGGUUCCACAUAGAUACUAAUCAUGCUGGUGUUGAUGGUCCUCAGAUGUUAUGAUCAGUGGCAAUUUUAGCAUGUAAAUCUUGGUGGGGCAAAAAACCAAAGCACAGAUUUAACAAGACAUUAAUUGCACUAUAAUGGUGACCAACAGUGCCAACAAACUGUUAGGGCCGACAUAAAGCUGUCCCAACAGCAGAGUCCCAACACCUUACCACUGCUACACCUGCCGAUCAGCGGAGCCUUGUCUUAGCAGUGGACCAACAGUGCCAACAAACUGUUAGGGCCGACAUAAAGCUGUCCCAACAGCAGAGUCCCAAAACCUUACCACUGCUACACCUGCCGAUCAGCGGAGCCUUGUCUUAGCAGUGGACCAACAGUGCCAACAAACUGUUAGGGCCUACAUAAAGCUGUCCCAACAGCAGAGUCCCAACACCUUACCACUGCUACACCUGCCGAUCAGCGGAGCCUUGUCUUAGCAGUGGACCAACAGUGCCAACAAACUGUUAGGGCCUACAUAAAGCUGUCCCAACAGCAGAGUCCCAACACCUUACCACUGCUACACCUGCCGAUCAGCGGAGCCUUGUCUUAGCAGUGGACCAACAGUGCCAACAAACUGUUAGGGCCGACAUAAAGCUGUCCCAACAGCAGAGUCCCAACACCUUACCACUGCUACACCUGCCGAUCAGCGGAGCCUUGUCUUAGCAGUGGACCAACAGUGCCAACAAACUGUUAGGGCCUACAUAAAGCUAUCCCAACAGCAGAGUCCCAACACCUUACCACUGCUACACCUGCCGAUCAGCGGAGCCUUGUCUUAGCAGUGGACCAACAGUGCCAACAAACUGUUAGGGCCGACAUAAAGCUGUCCCAACAGCAGAGUCCCAACACCUUACCACUGCUACACCUGCCGAUCAGCGGAACCUUGUCUUAGCAGUGGACCAACAGUGCCAACAAACUGUUAGGGCCUACAUAAAGCUGUCCCAACACCUUACCACUGCUACACCUGCCGAUCAGCGGAGCCUUGUCUUAGCAGUGGAACCGUUCAAUCAGCCUCAUUUACUGCUUAAAAAAACCCAUUGCUGAUAUGGCUGACUUGUUCAAACAAAUGUGGUUUCUGUUGAGAUGUACAAACUAUGGCAUAAGGGAACGACAAGCACAUAAGAUGUAAUCCGUCAUUUUGAUUAUGACAUUAAUGAGCGAGCUAGGACGCUCUGUAUUUUCUGCUGGCUAGCCCCACCACAACAGAAAGCACGGUGCUGGGCUGAAACAUCUGCACUUUGGAGCUGCAAUACUCAAGAAAACAACAAAUGUGUCGUCAUUACAGAUGAGACACAUUUAAACUGGUCUUGGUCUCCUUACAGAUGAGACACAUUUAAACUGGUCUUGGUCUCCUUACAGAUGAGACACAUUUAAACUGGUCUUGGUCUCCUUACAGAUGAGACACAUUUAAACUGGUCUUGGUCUCCUUACAGAUGAGACACAUUUAAACUGGUCUUGGUCUCAUUACAGAUGAGACACAUUUAAACUGGUCUUGGUCUCUUUACAGAUGAGACACAUUUAAACUGGUCUUGGUCUCCUUACAGAUGAGACACAUUUAAACUGGUCUUGGUCUCCUUACAGAUGAGACACAUUUAAACUGGUCUUGGUCUCCUUACAGAUGAGACACAUUUAAACUGGUCUUGGUCUCCUUACAGAUGAGACACAUUUAAACUGGUCUUGGUCUCAUUACAGAUGAGACACAUUUA